AUGUCCAUGCCUUCCUGCAUCGUUAACAACACGAAGUCAAGGAAUGCCUCGACGUCAACGCGCUUUAGAUUAAUUGAGUUUUUACAACAUUUGUUUGAUCGGCCCUUUACCGAGACUGAAAGGCCAAAAGUUUCUCCUCUUGAGGUGUUCAAUGUGUAA